AUAAAACUUGCAAUGUCCUAAUUGGAAUUUAUGAAUGAAAUUCGUAUUGGACUGCUGAUAUUUUUUUUACUGGCAACUAUUCGAUUUUGUUUCUCUUUCGUUUAACGACUGUUUCACGUUCCCGCAGAAAAUAGGGUGUCGAAUCUGUCCUAUAACCUCCGCUAUAUUUAUUACUAUUUAAAGAUCGAAGAUGAAUCUUUUAUGAUAAUUGUGGGUCAAUUCGUGUAAAGGUUUUAUUAAGUGAUGUUGUGUAAUAUCGGUUGCGUUCUUGCGGUCAUUCUGUAGCGUUUGAAAAAUUAAACAUGGCCUCGAACCGAGGACUUCAGAUCGGGUCCGCGUGGUUUCAACGGAAGCUGAACUUGAGGCCGCAGCACCGGGGCGUGCACCUCGUCACCGAGGAGAUCCUCAAGCAGGUGCCCGAGUUGUCGCUAUUCGCCAUCGGACUCUGCCACAUCCAGAUUAUGCACACUUCGGCGAGUCUCGCGUUAAAUGAAAGCUGGGACCCAGACGUACGAGACGACAUGGAGAUGAUGCUCAACAAAAUCGUGCCCGAGGGACUGCCGUACCGCCACUCCUGCGAGGGCCCUGACGAUAUGCCGGCUCAUGUGAAAGCAUGCUUCCUGGGUUCGUCUCUCACAAUUCCCAUCACGGACGGGAAACUAAACCUGGGCACAUGGCAGGGUGUGUGGCUGUGCGAGCAUCGGAAUCACGCGGGCAGUCGAAAGGUGGUGGUGACGCUGUCUGGCUGCCCUCGGGACUCGCCGCUGUCGGCCGCGUCGCCGGCGUCGUGCUCCAGUUAGGAGCGGGGGGGGGGCGCGACCCCCCACACGCACUCGCACUCGCACGAGCGCGUCUCGUCCAAGACCCGGAGGUAAACGGCGACCAGUCGUAGACGAAGAGAUACGCGACAAUAUGUACAUAAGAUUAAUAGUUGUCCCCGGGCUGGCCGCGGCCGCCGGAGGCCCGCGCGUGUAAUAUAGCUUUUAUAGGAAUUGAAUGAUCUCGGCGGGGCCCCGGCGGCCGGCCGCGGCGCCCGCCGGACGGUUUUAACUAAUUGUUGUUUUGUUGUUGCGACUUGUCGAUAUGUACAUAGCUGCGCGGCCCGCGCCGCAGGUUCGAUUGUUGAGAUGGUUGAUGUGGCACCCACUUUACCGUUAAUCUUACUGAGAUAAGGGCGGGGACGGUUUGUAUCUAUUGACUUUUCACUCCUGCACUCGUUCAAUAUUUUCCAAGUUCACCGGGAGACACUAUAUUUUUUAACAUGACCGCACGGUAGGCAUUUUUAUGAAGUCGGACACUCAUUUUACUAUACCAAUUUUGUAUGUAACGUACCGGGCCGACGUCGUCGGUUCCGUAAUGUAAGAGCUGCGGUAGGUUAUCUAGUUAAGUGUGCGUCUACGAUAGCUCCCUUCUCUCUCCGUGUUAGGUUAGUCUAUACUAGUACGUGAAACGAGUCCAUAGCUUUAAAUGUGUCACACCCGUUGUAUCAACGGGUCCUUCGGGGCGACAAUGAGCUAACCUUCAGUACUCCUAGGUGUAGUUGUAUAUCAUUAUCUUAAGAUCAUGUAAGUGCCUCGGAUUUAUGGGGUGGUCAUCUAAUCGUUUGUGUCGACGUUACAUGACAUCGACUGGCUUGCUCUACACUCUUGUCUUUCAUUGCGAACGAUUAUAUUUUUACUUACAAUAUGUACGUAAUAGAUUAAAGUUUUAUUUGGCGACGUGUAUAAAGGACGCAUGUGUAUAGUUGUAUGUCUUCCUAUGUAAGUUCCAUCGCGGUAGAGCUCGGUUAGUGGUUGGGAUCACGCCUCUGUUCCUGAUU